CCAACCUAUUUUGACCAGAUCUCUAAAGAUCAUGUAUUCUUUUUAUUCUUUUUUGCAGUUUUUGCACUUACUGGUACUAUCUCUUUCCUGGCAAUAAUAAUUGUAGUAUAUAGAUGCUUCAAGAGGUCAAAAAAAAGGGCUACGCCAUAUGCCCAUAUCGAAAUUGGAAAAUCAAAUCCAACACCACCUGGUUUAUCUAUUGUUCCUAACCCACAAAUUGAAGCAACAAUGAAGAGCUUUUUAAGUGAAUUUGCCAAUGAGAAUCCCAUCAUGUUCUCAGCCCAAGAGUUGUCUGGUUUUAGUCAGAAUUACAAAACAAGAUUGGGAUCCGGCGGCUUUGGUAUUGUCUAUAAAGGUGAGCUCCCAAAUGGGGUACCAGUGGCAAUCAAAGUCCUUGACAAAGCUUCAGACAAGCAAGCUAAAGAGCAGUUCAUGGCAGAAGUAAGUACGAUUGGUAGAACUUACCAUAUCAAUUUGGUUAGACUCUAUGGUUUUUGUUUUGAUUCCACAGUGCAAGCUCUUGUCUAUGAGUACAUGGACAAGGGGUCACUUGAUGGUUUAUUGUUCGACAAGAACCAGAGAAUCGAAUGGGUGAACCUGCACGAAAUAGCAAUUGGGACUGCAAAAGGGAUUGCAUACUUGCAUGAAGAAUGUCAUCAGAGAAUAAUUCACUAUGAUAUAAAGCCAGGGAAUGUCCUACUUGAUGCAGAACUAUUUCCCAAGGUUGCGGAUUUUGGAUUGGCUAAGCUUUCUAACAGAGAUAGUACCCAUAUAACUUUGACAAAUUGUAGAGGGACACCGGGCUAUGCUGCACCAGAGUUGUACAUGCCAUACCCAGUGACCCGUAAAUGUGAUGUCUAUAGUUUUGGUAUGCUUCUAUUUGAAAUUCUGGGAAGGAGAAAAAACCAUAAUCCUAAUCUUAGUGAGCCCGAGAAUUGGCUACCAAGAUGGACAUGGGAGAUAUUUGAGAAAGGGAAGCUAAGUGAACUUUUGGAACAUUUUGGGAUUGAAGAGGAAAAUAGAAAGAAGGCUGAAAGGAUGGCAAUGGUGGCCUUGUGGUGUGUUCAAUACUUGCCGGAUUCAAGACCUCUUAUGAGCAAUGUGGUGAAGCUGUUGGAGGGAGGAAUUGAAAUUAAAUCUCCUCCAAACCCUUUUCAACAUCUAGUGUCUGCUACUCGAAGUUUGUCUCCCAUCUUUUCUGACUCGGACUAUUCUGUGUCAAGAGAUUAAGAGAAUGUUUGAUCAAAUAUCAUUAAAUAAAAUUAAACUUGACUAUGUAUUUCCAUUAUUGUUGAUUUUUUUUCUUGAGAUAAUUUAUUAGGGGAGAGUUUUCUGCUUGAGAGUGCAGCACCAGCACUAGACGGUACACGAGGCCUAAUAAGAGCGCCAUG